CGGCAUCGGUUGAUGAAGACGCUGGUAUUGGACAUCCGAUCUCUCUCGCGCCCAUCGAUAGCAGGUCUUCUACUCUCACGCAAACAUAGUCGCCAGCGCUAACCUCGAGUAAACCACGCGCUACAAGGAAGGCAGCAGACACCAAGUCGCUUGCACUCAACACACUUGCAAACCGCUCCAGCCUGGGCGGCGCUUUGCUUCCCAUAUAACGGCACGGCCAGGAAAUUAACGGCAAAGCCGCCAGGACCUACCAAAGACCGUGUACAUUCAUGGCAGACAUAGCCCACUCUGCGUCCACGGACGCCGUCAUCGAAGACGACGAAGGGAUCUGCGUCCUCACACACAACGACCUCGAGGUGCAAGACAUCCUCGCGUGCGUACAAGACGACCGCGCUGGCGCCAUCGCGUCCUUCAUCGGCACGACACGCAACUCGUUCAAAGGCAAGGUGGUCACACGCCUCGAGUAUCAGGCCUACUCGAAGGUCGCUAUCAAGACGAUGCUAAGCAUAAUCAAAUCGGCCUCUACUUUGUCGACAAGGUCAGAACAUAGCGCGGACGGACAAGAGGUCACACCCAUCAUACGGUGUGCCGUGUAUCAUAGACUGGGCACGGUACCCGUCGGCGAGCCUUCCAUUGUCAUCGCCGUCUCGUCACCUCACAGGAAAGAAGCAUUCGUGGCGUGCGAGUAUAUUUUAGAGGAGGUCAAGCGCAAAGCACAGAUAUGGAAGCGGGAAUACUACGAGGGAGAGCCUGAGGAAACAGCACAGUGGAAAGCAAAUCACUAGCAUACUGGAACUCAUGUCCGUGUACAUUAUAGAUAGCCUCGCACAAUGCGCGCGACCAUUAGUCCACCUUCCAUCCUUUGGCGUCGUCGUCGGGACUGACGAGGAGCUCGACUGCCCA